AUGACGACUCUGGAGCAACAAGUGGAGGAACUUAUCGCAAACAACCGCGGCAAAUGCAGACACAUAGACUUCUUGAAAGUGCCAUGCAAGGCUACGUGUCCGUUGCCGGGGAUGGCCUUCCUCUGCCCUAAAGCACUGGAAGAGUUGAAGCUUAAUGCUCGCAACGACGAGCUUUUGCCAGAGGACGAACUAGAGAUACACCUCUUUUACGCCAGACACCUCUACAAGGCAGGGCUCUGCAAAAUCAGCUUUCCCUCAUAUUACAAAAGCGCAGGAGCACUGCUUGCUGAAGCCACUGCAACUGCACUGGGUACUCUUUCACCGUUUUAUUUCCAACUCGGAUACGAGUUGUGCAGCUUGUUGCCCGAAAACGAAUGGCCAGUGGACAAUCUGCACAACAUACUCAAGGAGGCAGAAUGCAAACGCAGGGCGUAUCUCAUAAGACGCAGCGAAACGUGCGACGAUACAUUCCUCAUGGGACUGACACUAGAUGAGCGCAAGCUACACAGCGUCCUUAUGCACGGUGACAGCAACGCACUCAUCACAAACACAACUAUGCACAAUACGUCAAACUUUUAUGGGUUUGAAAUUUAG